AGAGAACCCCCUGGCCCUCAGGUGCGUUAGUUCCUUGGCAUAGUAAAUAAAAUUUAAGAUAUGAUAUGACUAGUUCUGGCCACUCUGCCUAUCGUUCUCUCCACUCUUACUAAAAUGUAGUUAGCAUAGAUUGUAUCGAAAGAGAAACUAACCAAUAAGGCGAAAUUGCUUGUACCUGUCAAGUUUGACAUGAUGUUAGUUCCGUAGUGCCAAUCGUUAUUGCUUUUGAAGUAAUGAAAGGGUAAAAAUUUGCAACAGAAAAUAUUUGGGUCUCUUUGGUUUGGAUGCAUUCCGCACGAGAAUCUCAAGUUUGUUUCUCUUCCCCUGCCGAACGCACUGCAGAGGUCAUCCUCUUCUCAUUCUUUCUAGAAAAAAUGGAGUCUGAUGCUCUGACAUGGGGAGACAAACUCAUACUGAGGGGAUUGUCAUUCCAUGGUUUUCAUGGAGUGAGGCCCGAAGAAAGGAAUCUGGGCCAGAAGUUCUUGGUAGAUAUAGAUGCUUGGCUGGAUCUGAAAGAAGCUGGCAAAUCUGAUCACUUAACACAUACAGUUAGUUACACGGAUAUAUAUGAUAUAGCUAAGGAAGUCCUUGAAGGGUCACCUUACAACCUUCUGGAGUCAGUGGUCCAAAAAAUUGCAAUCACUACUCUGUCAAAGCAUAAAGAAAUUUCUGCUGUUCGAGUGAAGGUUGGAAAGCCUCAUGUUGCAGUUUGGGGUCCAGUUGAUUACUUAGGCGUUGAGAUACUUAGACGCAGAAGCGAUUUGUCAGAGUAGAACUUUCGUAUUUACUGCGGCAGAAUUUUAAAAGGGAACAGAAUAAGACUAGAAGUUUCAUAGUUUCUGCUGCAGAAUUUUAGUGUGUUGUUCCAUUUGAUACAAAAGUUAGGCAACUCUUUCCUUCAGUACCCAAUUAGUAUGUUUUAUCUUGCGUUCUCUCUUAUCAGUCUAGCUGAUAUAAUUAAAAGAUCAAAAAAUUAGGCAUACUAAAUAAACUAUACAAUGAUUUGGAUUCUCCAAAACAAUAUUGCAGUGAGACAUUAAUGAAUUGCCUAUGUUUGUGAGUAAA